AUGAUAGAGAGGGUCCUGGAGCAAGAAAGAGCACUGGCUAAAGUCCUGUCCGCUGACAAGAAAACUAGACCUCUAGUCCUUACCUGGCAGGACAUAGAGGUCCUGGAGGCCAUUCAGAAAGCUCUAAAACCUCUUCAGGACUUUACAGAUGCUCUCUCAGGAGAGGCCUACAUGACCCUGUCGUAUGUCAGACAUGUACUUCACCUGUUCAACAAUCGUCUCAUGGCAUCUGAAGAAGGGGAUAGUGAGCUGUGUAAGUCCAUCAAGACCAAAGUUGUGGAUUACCUCAAUAACAAAUAUGCAGACCCAACUACCAGUGACCUGUUGGAUAUAGCCUCUCUUCUAGAUCCAAGAUUCAGGGCCAAAUACAUCUCAUGUGACCAUGACCACAUGGAACGCAGAGUUAUUUUGGAGACUCAGUCUUUGCUGCAUGAAUGUGUGCGCGAGCAGAAUGACCCAACAGAACAAGAAGGAGCAGCUGUAGCAGUGCCACCUAAUCCAAAAAGAAAGAAAUCACUCGCAAGCUUCUUUAAAGAGAGUCCUGGCACUGGUAGUGCCACCGGCACCAAACUCACACCGAGAGAGACAAUAGAACAUGAACUGUCAACCUAUCUGCAGUCAAUCUGCAUAGAGAGUGAUGCUGACCCACUCAAAUGGUGGAAGGACCAUGAGGUUGCUUUUCCAGCACUGAGCCGCCUGGCCAACAAGUACCUUUGUGUGCCAGCCACCAGCUCCCCUUCAGAAAGGGUUUUUAGUUGCAGUGGUAACAUUGUAACCUGCCACAGGGCAUCCCUGAAGCCUGAAAGUGUAGACAGGCUCAUUUUUCUGGCACAAAAUCUGUAA